CCAACAUGGCGGCGCCCACGGAGGGGCUCGCGUUUGCUGCGGGGCUGGAAAAGACUUGGGGUGCGGUUGUUCGCUCUCCAGAAGGGACUCCCCAGAAAGUCCGGCAGCUGAUAGAUGAAGGGAUUGCCCCAGAAGAGGGAGCCACGGAAACGAAAGACCCAUCUGCAACACCACAGUCAGUCAGUGCAUCGCCCCCAGAAGAUCAGCCUCCUUUGGAAUCGAUGAAGAAAGAAGCCUUUUUCAGUAGAGUGGAGACAUUUUCUUCUCUGAAAUGGGCAGGAAAGCCCCUUGAGCUUUCUCCACUCGUCUGUGCCAGAUAUGGUUGGGUCACAGUUGAAUGCGACAUGCUCAAGUGCUCCAGCUGCCAAGCUUUUCUCUGUGCCACUUUUCAGCCAGCUUUUGAUUUUGACCGAUAUAAGGAUCGUUGUGCCGAGCUAAAGAAGGCCUUGUGUACUGCCCAUGAGAAGUUCUGCUUCUGGCCAGACAGCCCCUCUCCAGAUCGCUUUGGAAUGUUGCCAUUGGACGAGCCCACUGUUGUUGUUAGUGAAUUCCUCCAGCGUUUUCAAAGCCUUUGCCACUUAGACCUUCAGCUUCCUUCCCUAAGGCCUGAGGACUUGAAGGCUAUGUGUGCCUUGACAGAAGAAAAGAUCAGUCUCCUUCUGCAUCUGACUGAAGAUGAGCUUGAUCACCGAACAGAGGAGAAGAAAAACUGCCCCAAAUUAGGCUCAGACAUCCAAGUUCACAUCACUGCCUGUAUUCUUGCUUUGUGUGGCUGGGCAUGUAGUUCUUCCCUAGAGCCCAUGCAGCUCCCUCUGAUCAUGUGCUCUCAGUGCAUGAGGAAGGUGGGACUCUGGGGCUUCCAGCAAAUGGAAUCGUCCGUUUCCGAAACUGGAUGCAUCUUUCAGCCUGCACCAGCUCCCCUGUCGCAGGUCCUGACGGCCCGUUCUGAGCGCUUCCUGCUGGUGCCCGAGUCUCCUCGCAGGAUGAUGACUCGGAGCCAGGAUGCUACGUUUUCUCCCGGCUCGGAGCAGGCUGAAAAGAGUCCCCUGUCUUUAGUCACCCGAACUCGGAGCUGGGACUCUUCCAGUCCUGUGGACCGUCUGACUUUGAAGCCACCAGCCCCCACCACCCGAACACGCCGGUCACCCGAAGCAUGGGGACAGUGAGAGCCAGCCGGCCUGGACGUGCCAUCCAGCCCUCUGCGCAAGGCCAAGCGAGCUCGCCUGUGUUCUUCUAGCAGUUCGGACACCUCACCUCGCAGCUUCUUUGAUCCUACAUCUCAGCAUCGAGACUGGUGCCCCUGGGUAAACACCACUGUUGGUGAGGAAGCCAAGGAGAAUGGUGGCUCAGAGGUGGACAGCAGCCCUGUAGCUGAGCCAGGCUGGCAGGCAGUCAUGCAUGUGCUCCUAGCUCACAAGCAGGCUCAUGAGCCUGCGGAGGCCGAGACAGUGAGUCUGCCAGAGAAAUCCAGAAAGGUUUUUCGAAUAUUCCGACAGUGGGAAGCUUUAAGCUCAUCGUGAAGCCAGCUGCAACCAUUUCUGAAGAGAAGCAGAAGGAAGGAUAAAGUCUAAAUCCCUUUGAAUUAGCCAGUGCUAAGUUGUCUUUGUUCUGGGUUAACUAAGGCAUUUCUGUCCUGCUAAAGACAAGUCUCUGUCUACAUCUGCCUGAGGGAUCCCCAUUUUCACAUGGGCCGGGGACAGGGUAAGUUGCCCUCAGCUCCAUGUGUCAACAGACUGUGAAAUUAUAAAAAAUCGAUUGGGACCAAGGACUUGAGCACUUUCAUUGUCUUUAGUGUGGGGAUAUGUUACAAAUUUCUUCAUAUCCCAGGAAUGUGAUUGUUUGUAUUAAAAUAUUUGUUAAGAUUC